UUUGAGCACAGCGCAAUUUAAGCAAUUCAAGUUCAUUUACAAUGGAUCGCUGGUUGAAUCGUGUGGCUGUCGUGACGGGUUCCAGUUCUGGAAUUGGCGCUGCCGUCUGCAAAGAUUUGGUGGCCAAGGGCAUGAUUGUUGUAGGUCUGGCACGACGUGAGAAUCGAUUGGAGGAAUUGAAAUCUGAUCUGCCAGCAGAUCAGGCAGCUCGCUUCCAUUUUCGCAAAUGUGAUGUGAGCGACGAACAGCAGGUGAUCGAUACUUUCGCCUGGGUGGAUCAGACAUUCGGUGGUGCCGAUGUGUUGGUCAACAAUGCGGGCAAACUGGCAUACGUAACCAUUCUUCAGGAGGGAAAUAGCGAAGGUCUUCGUUCCACGCUGGACACCAAUGUGCUGGGCGUGACUUGGUGCACGCGCCAAGCCUUCCAGUCAAUGGAACGUCGUAAGAUCAACGACGGUCAUAUUGUGAUUGUGAACAGUGUGGCCGGUCAUGGGGUGCCAAACAUUGGUGUUAGUCUGAAUAUGUAUGCGCCUUCAAAGUAUGCCAUCACUGCAUUGACUGAGGUGCUGCGGCAAGAGCUGCAAGCCAAGGGAACUGCAAUUAAAAUCACUAGUAUUAGCCCUGGUGCCGUCGAUACGGAAAUCUUUAACAAGGAAUUGCUUCCUGAUACUUUUGAUUUUCCAAUGUUGCGUUCCGAAGAUAUUGCCGACGCUAUCUCAUAUUGUAUUUCAACGCCGCCAAAUGUGCAAAUUCACGAGCUGAUCAUAAAGCCCAUUGGGGAAAAGGAUUAAAACCUAUCUCGAAAGUUCUUUCGUUAUAUUAAUGAUUGAGCUCGAGGUUAUUUUAUGCUUCAUUUAUGAUGGAACUCUAUGUUAUGUAACCCAAUUUUUAUUAGUACAAAAUUGCUCUGAUUAAAAAUUCCAUAUUUAUCCUA